UCAGAGGUUUUUAAAACCUGAUAGCAGGACUCAACUCAACACAUUUCAGCUGGAGGUUCAACAAAGCACAAAUCAAGGUUCAUUUUGGCCGAACUCCCAAGGGAAAAUGAAACUGUUUCUUAUCCUCACCUACUUUACCUUGGGAAUGGCCAACCGUGUGUAUAUCCAUCCCUUCUCCCUCAUUGACGCGGGUGAUGUAGUCUGUGAAGUCACCAGCAGUAAAGACAAGGUGCCUUUAGAGACCAUCGAUUCUCUGACCGCCAUACAAGAAAGCACGGAGCCUGAUCCCCGGCCUGAAAUAGAAGAACUAAAGAACCUCACCCAGUGGACUGCUGUGGUGGCUGAACUUCAGAACUCCCAGGGACUCAGAAUGUUUCAUGCACUGAGCAGAAGGCAAGGAAAAACCAAUGUUCUUUUCUCUCCCUACGCUGCCUUUGGUACCUUGGUAACUUUGUAUCUUGGAACGUCCACGAGUACAGCCAAUGACUACCAGCAGUUUUUGGGACUCCUAUGGAAUACUGAGAAGCCUGGCUGUACAAAAAUGAUAAAUGGACACAAAGUACUCCGCGCACUUAAAGCCAUUGGUUUAUUAAUUGACGGCCCUCAAGAUGAGCUCAGAACUCUUGUUUGGUCUUUUGUAAGCAGUGAUGCUGACUUGUCCAAGGACUUUGUGCAUGGCAUUCAAGAGUUUUCAGAUAAAUCUUUUAUUCGAGCAGUGAACUUUUCCCAGCCCAAAGAAGCAGAGGCACAAGUCAACUCAUUCAUUCAGAAGACAUCGCACAGCAAGGUUGAGAAUCUUUUUAAAGAUAUCAGCCAGUCAACAAACAUGCUGUUUGCAAGCUCUACACAUUUUAAAGGGAACUGGAGAAAAGCUUUCCAGCCCGAAAAGACAAGUGUGCAAGACUUCCAGGUCGAUGAGAAGUCCACUGUAAAAGUACCUCUAAUGACACACACUGGUGACUACAUGUACCUCAGUGAUCCUGACAUGAAGUGCACUGUAGUCAAACUCAGCCUAAGCAAGCGGACCUACAUGCUAUUGGUGCUCCCCAGUGAGGGAUCCCAACUGCAAGAUACUGAAAAUCUUCUACACAAAGACACCAUAUCUGCAUGGCACAAACAUCUAAAGGAGCGAUACCUGAAAUUAUCCCUGCCUAAAUUUUCAAUGACAGCUGUGACGGACCUGAGAUCACUGUUAUCCGAUAUAAAUCUUGAGAAGUUACUGCUGGGCUCUGAUGCCAACUUUCAGAAACUUAGCACCAAGGACAACUUCACUGUCAACAAGGUGAUCAACAAAGUGCUUUUUGAGAUGUCUGAGGAAGGAAAGGAGGUCUCAAACAAGUCUCAGGAUGAGCGAGUUCCUCUAACAGUCACUGUAAACAGACCAUUCUUGUUUACCAUUGUAGAGGGCAACACUAAUUCUAUACUUAUGUUGGGAAGGAUAAAUAACCCUAAUCAGUAAAACUAAAUAUACCAGUAGUUACAGUAAAUGUGUGCCAAAUUAAUAACUGUCCUAACAACUUGACAACAGCAGAACUAUCUGACUUAAAAAUAGCACUGGCUGGUUAAAAGCAAAGCUUACAGAUAACUUUCUUACCUUUCACUUGUACAUAGAAAGCUAUUUUCAAUUAUUGUCCCUGAUAGUUUUACAGUAAUUUAUAUCUUGAUAAAGUGGCAACAAUUUAUUAGUUGAUGUGCCUUUUAAAGUAAUAAACCAAAUAAGUGAAACUUGGACCAUUAAAUAUUCAUCUCACCUUGAGUCAAAAUGACCAGUGUACCCUCACCAGCCACUAUUUAUUAGGGAUAUCUGUACAUCUGUUUAUUGAAGGAGUUAUCUAAAAUCAGCCAAUCAAGUGAUACAGGACUGGGAAAUUCACUGUGGCAUGGCUGUUUAAACCAGAGAAUCUGGUUUGAGUAUUUUAUAAACUACUGAUCUCCUGGGUGUUUCAUGCACAGCAGUUGUCACAGUAGUAGAGAUAUUAAUGAGGAAAUGUUAAUUGAUUCAUUGUUGUUAGGAAAGAGUGAGCAAAUUAAACAUGUAUUAAGCAAUAAGG